GGGAGCCGGGAGCUGGCAGCAGGAACGCGCAGGGGCGGCCCCGCGCCACGGGCCUUGUAGCCAUUUUAGGAGGAAACCCAGAUCCCUGGCUCGGGGUGCGGCUUCAAUUUCAAUAACUUUAUUGGUGGCCUUGCCCGCAGGACGGCCAACCCGCCCGUGGUCCUGGGAAGAGGGAGCGCAUCGCUGGAGGUGAUCGGGGUGCGGGAGUGGGCGCGCUCUCCGCGCCAGGUGGCCCCCGACUGGAGCUGCAGCCAUGGGAAACACCACCAGCGACCGGGUGUCCGGGGAGCGUCACGGCGCCAAGGCUGCACGCGCGGAGGGCGGCGGCGGCCAUGCCCCGGGCAAGGAGCACAAGAUCAUGGUGGGCAGCACCGACGACCCCGGCGUCUUCAGCCUGCCCGACUCCAAGCUCCCUGGGGACAAAGAGUUUGUAUCAUGGCAGCAGGAUUUGGACGACUCCAUAAAGCCCACCCAGCAGGCCCGGCCUACUGUUAUCCGCUGGUCUGAAGGAGGCAAGGAGGUCUUCAUUUCUGGAUCUUUCAACAACUGGAGCACCAAGAUUCCACUGAUUAAGAGCCAUAAUGACUUUGUUGCCAUCUUGGAUCUCCCUGAGGGAGAGCAUCAAUACAAGUUUUUUGUAGAUGGACAGUGGGUUCAUGAUCCAUCAGAGCCUGUGGUUACCAGUCAGCUUGGCACGAUUAACAAUUUGAUCCAUGUCAAGAAAUCUGAUUUUGAGGUGUUUGAUGCUUUAAAACUAGAUUCUAUGGAAAGCUCUGAGACAUCUUGUCGAGAUCUUUCCAGCUCACCCCCUGGGCCUUAUGGUCAAGAAAUGUAUGUAUUUCGAUCUGAAGAGAGAUUCAAAUCCCCACCCAUCCUUCCUCCUCACCUACUCCAAGUUAUUCUUAACAAGGACACUAAUAUUUCUUGUGAUCCAGCCUUACUUCCAGAGCCCAACCAUGUUAUGCUGAACCAUCUCUAUGCAUUAUCUAUUAAGGACAGUGUGAUGGUCCUUAGCGCAACCCAUCGCUACAAGAAGAAGUAUGUCACUACGCUGCUAUACAAGCCCAUCUGAAGGCAUCCUGUCUUGCCUCCAUGGAUUCAGGAGAAGCUUCUCCCUUGCUUUUGAACUGAAACAGUCUUACCUGAGACUGGAAGGCUGAUUUGCUUUGAGGCCAAUAUGUGUGUUUCAGAGCCUCUGAAUAGGAUGCUCUGCUUUUGCAUUUGAUUGCAGAUGAGAGCUUUAUGAGUUCAUGGAAUUUAUUUUAAGAAGAAAACGUAUAUAUGUGAGACGAAGGUUACUGGAAGCCUCCUAGCCCCAGCUAGAUAUAUUCUUUCUGUCUGUGGGUAUUUGCCAAGACAUGUUUGGGGAAGCUUCAGGAAUAACUAUACGGGGAGGUUUUUUCCUAAAAUGUAAGAAGAGCAAACUUAGGAUCCUUGUUGGGUGAAUAUUCUAUCACUGUUACCUUGGGUGUCCAAGAAAUGGACUUGGGGUAGACUGCUGCCCUACUUACAGCUUCUGCCUUGCAGGGGCAGCUUCUCUUGCAUGGGGUCUCUGCAUUUUCACAGUGUGUGGCACAGUCUGUGUUUUUUUUUUUUUUAUGUAACAGAUGCCUCACAAGAAGGCUUUGUUCUCUCAUUUCACAUUCUUCCUUUACUAGCCUCCUCCAGAUCCCAUACCUGACCCCUCUUAAUAUAAAAUUCACUCAGUAAGUGACGCCUUUGAAAAGUUGUGUGGGACCUGACCCACCUUAUUGAUGAGGGCUGUCAGAAGAUCUCCUUUUUAGCCCAUCAGAGGUCUAAGCCAUUUUGUUACCACUUGUUUUAAAUUUCUACUGAAGAAAAUAUGGUUCAACCUUCUAAAAAAGGCAUAAUGCAGAAGAUCUAUUUUUUAAUUUGCUACUACAGCUUUGGCUGUAUGAUGCAUUUCCAUAAGUUUUCCCAUUUGGCCUGACCUUGCUUCCAGCUAUGCUUUCUCAGAGCAGACAGCUCUGCAAGAUAGACAUGGACCAGGGAACACUUCCAGGACUUUCAUCCUUGAAAGAUUUUUAGGUGCCUGCAUUUUUCUUUAAUUAAAAAUAUGCCCUUUCAUUGGUCUUAAAGAGACUAUAUUGAAGAACUUCAGACUUUUAAUAAAUGGUCCUUAAGAUUUUCUUCUCUAGUCCAGAGAAGACUGCACUCUUAUAUUAAUAUGGCCAGACCCAUGUUCAACUUUACACCAAGUACUGCUCUUGAUACAAGCUCAUACAGACUCAUUGAUACACAUAAUAGAUUCCCUUAACUCUUAAGAUGUAUAAGGCCAAGAAGUAAGAAAGUAUUCCUGGACGGCUCUUUGUACUAAGUCGUAAUAAUUUUUUUCUUUUAAAUUUUUGCCUCUUCUUUUUAAAUGUGUUCAGUAAUGAAGUAGGGUCACUGAUUUCCAUUUAUGGACUGAAAAGUAUUCAAUUCACCCUUGGGGUUCAGAGAUAAAACAUUUUUUUCCAAGUAUCUUGGCUCUUCCAUUUUACAGAUAAAUGCAAGUCAAACUUUCAACCUUGAAGGAGGCCAUACUUGAUGGUUGAGAGACUCCUUGAUUGCUCAGAUGAGCCCAGCCACACUGAAAGGGCACCUAUAGGUCAGUUUAGCUACCUCUGUUUUUUCCAUGCAAAGUUGACCAUGCAGUUCUCUUUGGGAAUAUAGACCUCUUUGAUCCCAGAUAUGAGGCAGUAAGGUGUGGGCUUGUUGUUUUUGAGGGAAUGCAAACUACUAAGUGCUGUGGUAGUUAAUUGCUGAGAGUAGGUACUGCUUUUGCCUUUCAAAGCCACCUUCUGCAACAAAAGGCUUUUGUGGAGAACCUUUUAUGGUCCAAACCAUUUUGUCAGUGGUGUGCCAUUUUAAAAAUCCAGGCCAAAUCCUAUUUUAACCAACUCUCAGGAUCUAUAUAGUCUUCAGUUGUGCUGGAAUUUUGUUUUUAUUCUACACCCAUUAAAUAAUUGGGCCACCUAGAAGGAUUCAAAUCCUGGUUGUUACAUGGAGGAUUUGUCAUAUUCAUUUCUUGUCAACAGUAUUAAAAUGCAAUUAUCUGUGUUAAUGUAUUAAACUUUUUACUCCACAUAGGUGUAUCAGUAAAGUGGAACAGAAAAAGAAAUCUCUUCAAUGUGUCUCAGGCCAGAGGCUUCUUGUCAGUUGGGUCUGGCUCUAAUGAUAGUAGGUUUUGUUGCUGGUGAUCUUCAGAUUAAAAUCUGGAAAUGUACAGAUUUAUUUCCCAAAUUCUUAUCGUUCAACCAGAUGUGAAAUGGGUGCCUAUCCGUGGGUAUGGAAGGGAAUGGGUAGGGGGAAUUGGGUAAUGACUACUUCAACACUGUCCCUUUUCUAUCCUGCUAAUAAAUGGCCCUGAGAUACCCUGUUUUGGUCUAUCACCAAGAAACUGUUCUGGACAGGGAAGAAAGGUAGCCUAAAGUACAACUCACUCCCCUUUUAUAAUGGUUAGUUAAAGGGAUAGAUUAUUUUCUUUAGAACAGAAUGUUAGAGCUUGAAAAUGAGUAAAGGCAAAAAUAAAUUUUUAACUUUUUUUUUUUUUUUUUUUUGGCCUCUAGGAAUUUUGCUGAGUCAAAGUAGGCAGGAUAAGAAAAUAGCCCUUAAAGGUGGACUGACCCUUAAACCACAGCAAUAUGGUUUUGUGAUUGUGGGGAGAAGAAAGAAGAGUGAGUUGAGGAGUAAGAUCAGGAAAAUAAAGAAUUAAGUAACUGAAAAUAAUUUUUAUAAAAAAUUUAAAUCAGACACAACCUGGUGAUACAUCCUUGGAUCUCAUUGUACAAAACUUACUAUUAUGUGGAACAUCUUCCCUUUGUUUCUUGUUCCUGUUUGUUGCUUUAACUUCUUUUGUCAGACAGACUCUACCAGAGUCUAAAGUUAAAUGUUACAUAAAAUACAUAGGUUAGUCAUCUCAUGGUAUGGAAAACUUCCACACCAGAGUUAGUAGGUUGCGUUAAGCUCAGACUUGAAUGAGAUUUAACCACAGUAGGCAACACCCCUGCAGGGCAUACGUACCCUCAAUAGUGCUGACUUUUUUUUUUAACACAUGCUUGUAUGAUUAACUAAAACAGUCAUCCAAGAGAUGUUUCUGAGAGGAUCCGACAAGCCAGGCCCACACAUUUUUUCCAGUUAUUUUUAGUCCUUGUAAAUCUAAUGAAUUUCAGAUAAAACUUUUGAAAAGUGUUAGUGUUCUAUGCAUGCUGCUAAAGUGAAGAGGAGUUUGGAAAGAAGUAAUAUCUCAAGACUGGGUUUAUAGUAAUUUGGGGUGUAAACGAAGGAGAGACACUAAUGAUAGAAUUCCCUGCUUUUAUUGGGGAAAUAGGGCUUUCAAAAUUUUGACCUCAAUUUAAAAUGAUAUGCAAUAGUCUAUGUUUGUGUGUUUGAAAUAUAUUCUAUUCUCAGAGAUUUCUAUAUCCUCACAUUCUAGCAAUUUGGGGCAUGGGCUUAUAAGCAGAACUGUAAUUUGUUCACAUAUUAUUCUGACUCAUCCUUAAAGCCAAGUUCUUACUGUCUUCUACCAGGAGCUGCUGACUCCAGUUACCCAUGGGAUGAAGGACCUGGUAGGAGUAAGGGUCUUUCAAAACUUUAUGGGUAUAGGCAUUUGUCUUUCCUUAAGUGCCAAUCACAACUGGAGAUUGAAAGACUGAUUUCUGCAAUGAAACUACAUUUUUGGAGUAAAAAGCCAAAUCUUUUAAAAAAUUAUAACAGAAGGAAGGAAGAAAAAAAAAAAAAAAAACCUCAAGUCUGUUACUUGUAUAAUCCAAUUAUGAGCCAUGGAAUCCCUCCAGGAUUCUCAUUUGGGCCUUGUGUGAUUUGUUUUUCUUACUUGUGCUUUGGAGUGAAUAAACUUCAUUUAAAAAUAAAUUUUUAUUGGCUUCUACAUUAGUUGGUAUUUACUUGAAUUAUAUGUAGCACAGUACUUUUUCAGUAAGAUUGAUGUGAAAUACCAAACUCUGGAUUUUAUAGGUUUCAGGUUAGAUGGUCAAGGGAUACCUGUAUUGUUAGACAUUGAUCAUCUUACUUGUUUUCUAUUCCCCUUUACAGAGCACCUUACCCACCUUGUGGUUUUAGGACAGCCAAAGCUCAUUGUUGAUUAGUCCUAAGCCCUGCACUGGGUCUUAUAUAUGAGACUUGUUUGAAUUUUAAUGAAUUGGAGAAUGUUGAUUGGUAUUACACUAAAGCAUUUGGAAGGAGUGUAGCUCUGUGUCUGCCAUAAAGGGGGGAUAAAGACUAUGAUUUGAAGGGAAUAAAAUAUGUGAGGUUCUUUAAGUGGUGCUUUUUUGUAACCUUUAAUGCUAAGAUACGGAGGCUGCUUUUCAAUAUUUCACAAAGGAGUGGAAUACAAGUAUGGAUUUUAAAGCUUUUCUCCAUGUAAUUUGUCACUGGACUCUGAAAUGCCUGAAAAUUAUAUGAUGUAACUCAUA